AUGACAGAAGUUAAUGAUUAUCUCUAUUGUGAAUAUCAAUGUCCAAACUUUGAUGAUACCAGUUUGGAUGAGAUAGUUGAUCCUGAAACUCUAAUAUUCAACCAAAACAAAGACAAGUUGGAGAAACUAUCUAAUGAGUUACUAUGUGGUAAAAGAGUUGUAUUCGUCACUGGCGCAGGACUGAGUGUUCCAAGUGGUUUGGCAGCAUACAGAGGAACAAAGCAAGCAACAUGGGAGAACUUCAUCAUGGAUUGGGGAACGAGGAAGAAGUUCAAACAGAACCCGACCAACUGGUGGAACCAAUUCUGGCUGCGCACUCACGAGAAGCAAGAGUACAUCGAUGCUCAGCCCAAUCCAGGCCACUUUGCCAUCUCCAGUCUGGUUGAUCUCUGCAAUGUCCGAGUGAUCACACAGAACAUUGAUGAACUCCACCUGAAAUCAAAGAUCCCAGAGCCCAAAGUCAUAGAGAUCCAUGGACGAAUUGGACUCUACAAAUGUAUCAAACCAGGAUGUAUAUACUCAUACGACAAAUCAAUCAAUGACCUGGAUAUCAAUCGUUAUGCAAUCAACAACACAUCUAUGAAGGGAGGUGAUCUUAUGAUUAAUGCACCGGAUUGUCCAAACUGCCGCGCACCUAUAUUACCACAAUCGUUGUUGUUUGAUGAAGACUACAACUCACAUUCAUUCCUGCGAUAUCAUGACGCAAUGAACUGGAUUGACAAUGCCGACGUCUUUGUAUUUGUCGGCACAUCAUUCUCAGUGGGCAUCACAGACGAGAUCGUCUAUCAAAGCAAGCAGUAUGGCAAAUCAUUGUACAACUUCAACCUCUAUCCCGAGGAGAAGAUCAAGAGCAUGGUCAACAUUCUUGGCGGCUCCGAGAUCACACUGCCAAUGCUCGAGCGAAUGGUCAUCUCCAAGGCACUGAAGCGCACUGGUCCACUGAUAUGGCGAGAGAGCAGUGUCAAGUCUUUGACCAUGGAAUCAUCAAAACAGUAUCCAUGG